AUGGCUUUGCGUAUAGUUUAUAUUCUUAUUUUUUGCACCUUUGUCGUUUAUACGACAAUUGAUGGUAGAAUAAUUCCAGACGAUCCAAUUGAUGAAAUAGUAAAUGAACCUACAAAUAUAAAUGAAGAAACAUUUUCUACUCUUAUGAGUUAUCGAAAACGUUUCGAACAUUCAAAUAGUGUGAGAGAACUUCAAUGGAUGUUUCAAAAAUAUAAUGAUCCACCAGAAGUAUAUUGUAAAGUAUGUCAUGUACUUCUACCUAUUGUGCGAAUACUUAUUUAUGCUAAUCAAACUGAACGUAUAGAAGAAGCAGUUCUAAAUGUUUGUGAAGAAUUUGGAUUGGUUCUUGAAGUUUGUAGUGGUGCUGUACAUGAAUAUAAAGAUGUUGUUUUUCAAGUCAUUGCUUUAACAGAAUAUAAUGAUAAGACAUUAUGUGGAAUUGCUCUGAACUGUGAUAGACUAACUGAUUUUCCUGCUUUGAAUUGGACUGUACCAGUUCCUGAUGGAAAACCAUCUCCACAACCACCAAAACCUCCUUCACCUAGUUCACCAAAACUUCAAUUACUACAAUUGGCUGAUAUUCAUGUCGAUUUUGAAUACAAACCAGGCACAGAAGCAGCUUGUCUUGAACCAUUUUUUCAUUCGAAAAAACCGAACGUACCGAUGGUCUGGUCAUAUUAUGCUUAUAUACUUGCCAAUGUUGGCAUAUCUGUUGGAAUACUUGCAAUUAUUACUGUUGUUCUAAUAUUUUUCAUCAAGAAAUAUGACAUCGUAUUUGAUAAAAUUGUCAAACUGAUGUUUUAUAUCGAGAUGCACAAUAUUAGCAAAAACAAUGAGAAGAAAGAUAAAAACACAAGCCGGCGGUCUGCUAUUGCACAAACUGUAACAACCACACCUGUUCAAGCAUUUACCGAACCGUCAGGAUCUGUCGCACCGAUAACAAUCACUACUGUUCCUAAUGAAUCUACAGAACGUCCACCUAGGAGAAAGUUGCUCGAUCUCUAUGGUAAAAUUAUUGAUGGUGAUCAACGACGCAAUAUAGUGAUUUUAACAAUUAUUAUUGUGGCUAUCUUUGGUACUAUUUGUAUUGCUUUUAUACAAGGUUGUUGUCUAGCUACUAUUACUAUUUAUCCAAAUGGACCUUGUCCUAGCUAUGGUCUGAUGGAUUGUUAUGGAGAUGCUGACAAUAAUUAUAACUAUUUUACUUGUAAACCAGGUGACGAAACCAACUCUACACAAUUCAAUACUAGUGCAGCAUGUUUUCGUUGGAUUGCGCGUGAUAUUUCAAUCAAUGAUGCGGUGACACAACUCGGUGCGUGCGCUGGCCUUCUUCAUGCGCUUUGUGCUCUUGUACAAUUGGCCUUACGUUUUCUACUCUAUUCUGGCUCGCGACGAUUACAGACGCCUGAAGAAGCAGAAGCUGAAGCAGCCGCCGCAACAGUAUCGGAUCGUGUACGUCAAACAACCGAUCCUGAGACGCCAAAAGAUAAGCAGAAAUCAAAAUACGUUUGGGAACAUCCGCGUCUAAUUAUCUGUGCUUGUACAUGUAUGUUCGGUAUUCCUUGUGCUGCAUUGAUCAUCGGAGUCGUUUUAGGCGCGUUUAAAAUCAGUACCACAGCUCUGACAUAUACAAUUCUUGUUGCUAUUAGUCUCGUAUUUACGAUCACAAUAGCUUGGGUGGUACAAACAGAAGAAGAAGGAGAUAAUGAUCCACAACUUGCUCUGGACGUGCAACGUUUUAAAGAAGCUCAGGCACGGAAAGGAAAUAAAGAUGGUGAACAGGGACUAAGUCAAGUUAUCGAAGGCUUUUCUGCAGAAGAUCUUAAGCCCGCAGUGAAUGCGCUCUUAAACAGGAAAUAA